AUGCAUAAAUGUUAUUGCGGAGCGAUGAGAUCGGGGAGCGUUGUGCAGCAUCAGCAGCAGAAGAUUCCGCUGCAGCAAGAGAUAGAUACUCAUCCACGUGGCGAUCUCAGGUCGGUGACCUCAUCCUCCAGACAAAGCCUGCGACCCACGCAGUUUGUGAAGCGCCCCAGCCUCAAAGCACCGCCCAGAUUUGGCCUAGGACACUCCAGCAGCGAGCUGGUCAACGACUUCAGUCGCCGCAACUCCACGGCCACCACGGUGAGUCACUGCUCCAGCUGCAGCUGUAGCAGUUCCACCCAGCAGCGCCAGCAGAGCAGGGCCAAGGUUCUGCGAUGGGGCUGGGAACGAACAGGCGGUGUUGACACCUCCAACAAAGGCGGCGGCGGCGACAGCAACACCAACCACUAUGAAAAGUACACGGACAACCGAAGGCUUUACGAACAGAGCGCAUGCGUUGCCCAUCGCCAGAGGAACGAAGGUCAGGGUCAGGUUUACAGCGGCGACUCAUCGCCAUCGCCACGCCCAGUUCAGUGGCAUUCCCCGGAUGAACUGCAGCAACUGCAGGCCCUGCAGCACUUCCGCCUGAUGAAUGCCAGCGACUGCUUCAGUGAUGGCCGCCAGGAUGAACUGCGUCUGCAGCAGGCCUACGAUAAACUCAAUCUCAGCAGCACGGACAAGUGGAACAAGGAUCGGGCCAAUGAAAGCAGGCAGCAGGAACUCACAAGGAGCAGCACCACACCCUAUGCCUUAAGGCAGAAGUUGCUACAGCUGAGGCUACAGGCGAAGGAGCGACUUGGUAGGGGAACGGGCGCCAGGUGCGCUCCAUUGGGCAAGAGUUGUGCCCUGAGAUACAAUUGAUUUAAGAUGGGAUUACAGCAAUAUAGUAAAUAAUCCUGGUAGUGAGCUAAGUGAUUUUGUAAGAUU